UGUUGUUGUUGAGUGAUGAAGAAAGCCCGUCAGCCGCCUGAACAUUCAGAUCAGAUGUUCCUACGAGGCUACGACGAUGAAAUGAAAACAGAACAUCAGUCUUCGUUUAAUUUAAUUUAAAAACAUUCAAUUGUUUGGUUCAGUGCAGAGGAUUUUUCAAUGCCUGUUGAUAGGCUGUGAACCUUCAGUUAAUGGCGACGUCGUCGAGAUUGACGCCCAAGCAGAGAUACGCGGCAGGGGCUCUUCUCGCUCUUGCUCUUCACCAGGCUCAGAUCCACCAGGCCCGCCUUUUUAUUCUCCCGGACGAAGAGACUACCAAUGGGCGUACAAACAACGGCAGGGGUAGUGAUUCUCCCUCAGAGGAGCCUCAACUCUGGAUCCACGAAAACUCCGGUCUCCUCCGCCCUGUAUUCAGGUCCCUAGAGAUAGACUGUGAAGACUGGCCUCGUUUGGAGGAAACUGCUCGAUUCUCUCCAGCCAAGGAUCAUGUUGGAGCUUUGUUAAGGUUACUUUCAAAAGAAAAUGGUGAAACUUCCUCAGAAAGGUUGGACCAGGAACUUGCUUUGACAAAAGCUGUUGAUGCUAUGGAAAUGAAAAUGCAAACAAAAAUUGUUUCUUCCGAGGGUAAAAGAGAAGUGAAACACCUUGAGUAUGAACAAAAAUGCCAGGAGAGAAUCUCUACUGAAACCUCUGAAGCACCUGAUGUGCCCACUGAAACCUCUCAGCAUACAAGUUCCUACACAUUGUCCAACAAAGAAGAUGCUUCUGACAAAUCUACCAAGGGAUUUGAGGAGAAACCUAUUGAAGAGGAAACACUUCUCAGUUAUGAAAGGAAGGUAGCAUUUCUAUAUGAGCUUCUUUCUGCCUGUUUAGCAGGUACACCUGAAGAUGACAAGAAAGAUACUCAGCUAAGAAAAGGUUAUGAUGCUCGACAUCGUGUGGCUCUGCACUUGCUAGCAACAUGGCUAAAUUUCAAGUGGAUCAAAAUGGAAGCUAUGGAGGUAAUGGUUGCUCUCUCUGCAAUAACUCUAAUGAAAAAUAAAGAAGAAAUGGAGGAAACCAAGUCCCCAGAAAAUUCAUGGGAUAGAUGGAAACGUGGAGGCAUUAUUGGAGCAGCUGCAUUGACUGGAGGGACCUUGUUGGCCAUCACUGGUGGUCUAGCAGCUCCAGCAAUUGCUGCGGGCUUUGGUGCAUUAGCUCCUACAUUGGGAACUCUUGUACCUGUGAUUGGAGCAAGUGGAUUUGCUGCUGCUGCGAGUGCUGCAGGGUCAGUUGCUGGUUCUGUAGCCGUUGCUGCAUCAUUUGGAGUGGCUGGAGCUGGGCUAAGUGGGAUGAAAAUGGCUAGAAGAAUUGGAGAUGUUGAUGAAUUUGAAUUCAAAGCUAUUGGACCGAAUCAUAACCAAGGACGUCUAGCUAUUAGCAUCUUGAUUUCUGGAAUUGCCUUUGAAGAGGAAGAUUUUAUAAGGCCUUGGGAGGGACUAGAGGACAACUUGGAGAGGUAUGUGCUACAAUGGGAGUCUGAGAAUCUGAUUGCAGUGAGCAAGGCAAUCCAGGAUUGGCUAACUUCAAAAAUCACAUCGGAAUUGAUGAAACGAGGUGCCAUGAUGACUGUAUUGAGCUCACUGGUAACUGCACUGGCAUGGCCAACAGCCUUACUUGCGGCUACUGAUUAUAUAGACAGCAAAUGGACAAUUGCAGUGGACAGAUCAGACAAAGCAGGAAAACUGCUUGCUGAAGUUUUAGUGAAAGGAUUGCAGGGGAACAGACCAGUGACACUUAUAGCUUUUUCACUGGGGGCCCGUAUAGUCUUCAAAUGUCUCCAGUGUUUGGCUGAGAUAGAAGAUAAUGGAGCAGCUGGAAUUGUGGAAAGGGUCGUUCUUCUUGGGGCACCAAUUUCAAUAAGAGAUGAAAACUGGGACACUGUUAGAAGGAUGGUGGCUGGGAGAUUUGUGAAUGCUUAUUCCACCAACGAUUGGACCCUUGGAAUCGCUUUCCGUGCAAGUCUUCUUAGUGAAGGAUUAGCUGGAAUUCAACCUGUGGAAGUUCAAGGGAUAGAGAACGUUGAUGUAACAGAGCUGAUUGAAGGUCACUCCUCGUACCUCUGGACAACACAAGAAAUACUGGAACGUCUUGAACUGGAUACGUAUUACCCUAUCUUCAGGAGUUCGGACAAGUCUGAUGAAGAAAAAAAUGAAAAAAUUUAGUUACUCCCACUCCGACCUGCAGCAAACUUUCUCGCUCUUCCUGAAGCAUCAUGCGGCACAAAGAAUGAAUAGUAUGACAAAGCGUGCAAUUCAUAUACCAGAUUGAGACAAUUUUUCAAUAUGUCAGCCUUGCACCACUUGCCACUUGGCCAUUACUUGCUUUCAUUGA